AUGUCAUUGCAACACUUGGCCAACUACUGUUGCCAUAUCAAGAACUGCCACAACGUCAACAUUGCCACGACGUCGGUCCCCUACACCCGCCAGUUGAUCGAGUGCUCAUUGCAGUUGUACAAGGAAGGGUUCCUCUCGCUGGUCCACCGGGGGCUGACAGCCGGGCCCGACACCACCCCCGUCGACGUUACUCCCGACAAUAUCGCCACCCGGCGGUUGUGGUUGGGCCUCAAAUACCGGGAUAACCAGCCGGUGAUCCGCGACAUCUCGUUGGUGCUGACUCCGGGGCGCCGGGUCAACUUGACCACGGAGGAAGUGAAGGCGCUUUCGUCAGGGUUCCCCGUGCGGUUCAUCAAGCCGUUGCAGCCGGCGGAGUGCUUGUUCAUCAAGACGCCCCAGAACCAGAUCAUGGAGGUCCAGGAGGCGGCGAAGCGCAACAUCAAGGGGAUGGCGUUGUUCAGAGUCAAGUGA